AUGACUCAAAUAAUUUUUAAUGAUUGGUUGAUAGAUUUUAAUACAGAAAUGAAAAAGAAGAAGAGGAAAAUUCUUCUUCUUAUCGACAACUGUACUCCACAUAAUGAACCACCAAAAUUGGAUAACAUUCGUGUGGAAUAUUUCCCACCUAACUGCACAGCUGUAUUUCAACCUCUUGACCAAGGUAUCAUCAGAACUGUAAAAUCACGCUAUAGAACUUUUUUGUUACGUCAAAUUUUAUGCGAUUUGGAGAAAAAUAUCCAAAGAAAAUGCAAUGUGAAGGAAGCUAUCGAAUGGAUAUGCGGAGUUUGGGAUGAUAUCAGUCAAUCAAUAAUAACUAACUGUUGGAAACAUACAACCACAGACACUAAUUCUGUUUCAGAAAAAACGUCGCUUCCUGACGACGUGAAUUUAGAAGAUUAUUUCGGUGCAGAUGACAACGUUUCAACAUGUUAUGAACUAACCGAAGUAGACAUCAUUCAAUCCAUUAAAGACAGCAAAGAUGAGGUCACCGAUGAAAGUAGUGAAGAUGAAGACGAAGAAGCUGUGUUGGGAAAUGAUGUGCGCAAUGUCACUUCAUCAUAA